AAUUUGGGGCAGAUAUCAUCACUGUUUUACAGUGAAUCAUGCGUGCAUGCCAUCAUAGCUGGAUAUAUUAAUGCGCUCUAUCCUGUGCAACUUUAGAUUUUCUAAGCUAUUCUUAGGAGUGGCAGUCCUACGGAUCUCCAAGGGGAGUGGCAAUUUUAUCUCUGUGAUAUUUUUUAUUUUGUUUGCAGUUCUUUACACUGUGUUUAAUUUAACUGUUGUUGAAUUUUUAUAUUGAUGUUGAUCAUCGGGUUUCCCGUUUCAUAUAACCCUACAUUCGCCAACUUGGGACUAGCUGUUGCACUGUUGCGAAAUUUUUUUAGAACAAUUAGUGAAUUGUAUUUUAAUUUUACGAAAACAAUUUGUGUAAUAAUUGAUAUUUUGUUGGAAAAUAACUAGUUGUUGCAUUUUAAAAAAAUAUAAUUUGGCGAAAAUUUCUGACCACCCUGGAACUAUUUGAUUGGUUUAUAACAUGGCCAGUUGGUUAGCAUACCGUGAAUAGCAUAAACCAAUCCAGCAGACGCUGUUCUUCCCAGUCUGAUUGGCCGCAGCUCUGGGCCCAAUUUCACAAAACAUUGUAAACCUAGUUUUGCACUUAAACGUAAAUCUACGACUAAACCACAAUUUUUAUUACUAUUAUAGUACAACACAUAUUGUUAAAAGUACACGUAUUUGAUUUUCUUUUGUCCUUAAAAUGCUCCAUCUUCUGUAAUGAUGUAAUUUUCUGUGUGAAAUAGAUGCCAAACCCUUGUAAAUGUAUGCGUGGUAUAACUGCUAGUCGCAGACGUAAACUUACGAUGUUUCGAGAAAUAUACCGCAGGGCUCCAUGAUUUACACAUAUAAAGGCCAUACUCCCUUCCCCAUGGACCGGCCUCGUUGGUGUCAUGGUUAAGCCAUUGGACAUAAGACUGAUAGGUACUGGGUUCGCAUGCAGGUACCGGCUCCCACCCAGAGCGAGUUUUAACGACUCUGUUGGUAGCGUUUGUUUCCAUAUUAAGACAUGGUAUUUCUUGCUACAAAGUUUAGUAGGCUCACUGGUAUUGGUCAGAAUUUUAAGGUCGUCUGCAGAAAGUCAUUCCACAGGUGGAGCUCUUCUAGUGCUGCGUUGGAUGACGUCAGACAUUUCCUCGAACAAUUCGGUGGUGGAUCCGUGGACUUGGAAAAAGAUGAUCAAUCGGGAAUAGCUAUUAUUACGUUGAAUAACACUAAGAAACGAAAUGCGUUAACAGGUAAAAUGAUGGUGGAACUGUCUGACAGAAUACGUGAACUAGAAGAAUGGGACAAUGGAAAGGGCCUGAUAUUGCGUGGAGCUGGUGGUACUUUCUGCUCUGGUGCUGAUCUGGACUUUGUGCGACAAAUUAACACGAGUGUUGAUGGUUUCAAGAUGGCUACAUUUAUGCAUGAUGUUGUGCUUCGUUGUCGACGCCUGCCCUUGAUUAGUGUUGCCCUCAUUGAGGGAAGAGCCCUUGGAGGUGGCGCCGAGAUGAGUUUAUCUUGCGAUUUCAGAAUCAUGACAGAAUCUGCUAAAAUUGGUUUUGUGCACAUCAAACUAAAUGUUACACCAGGAUUUGGCGCAGCUACAUUUCUGACCAAGUUAUUAGGACCAACGAAAGCUUUAGAUUUGUUGAGUUCGGGAACAUCAGUUAAUGCAUCUAUUGCACACGAGAUGGGUCUUUGCCAGAGUAUAUUAACUGAUACCUCUGAUGCAAUGCACGAGUCUAAACAAUGGCUGAUCAGUCGAUAUUGCAAGCACGAUGCUAGUAUAACCAGAUCACUGAAAGGCAUAAUUACAAAUAGUGAAGAGACUAGCUACAAAGAAUCAUUAGAAUAUGAAAAACAGAUUUUUCAAAGGAACUGGUUUGCGCCAUUACACGAAGCAGCUUUGGCCAAAAGUAUGAAACAUGAUUAAUUCUUAGAUGUAAAUAACAUUCUGGUUAUAAUUUCAGGAAACAGCUGGAUCCAUUCUACAUGUCUUAGUACCCGUUCUAGCUAUUCUUUUAUAUAUCUGUUUGUUCUUUGUUUUACUUCUUUGCUUUUUGUUUUAAUACUUCUGUUUGGGGUUUUUCUUUUUCUUUUCUUUUUCUUCUUUUUCUUUCUUUUUCGUUUUUGUUUCUUUUUGUUUCUUUUCUCUCUUUUUUUUUUUUUUUUUUUUUUUUUUCUCUGUGUUGAUGAGGUAAGUUGUUAUAUGCAACAUAAAUGAGGGUUCAUACGCUAUAAUUUAUGAUCAACCAAAUAUUUCCAUGACAUACGACAGCUAUUUUUCUACUUUUUGUUUUUGAAUUGUUACUUUUUAAUGAUUUUUUUUUUUUGUAUGCAUCAAUAUUUAAUCUUAAAAUAUUGCAAUAUUUUGUUGCGAAUAGCUGAUUUCUUCUUGGUUUUAUUUUAAAUGGAGUAAAAAUGCCAUGAAUUUCCAGGUCUACAAAUAUUAUAUUUGAAAAUUCCUCAACUUUCCACAAUUUCCGUGACCCAUACGAACCCUGUAUAUACAUAAAGACAUCUUAGUUCUAUAUACCAGUCAACAGUAGUCUAUAUCUGUGAAGAAAUUAGUUAUUUUUACACUCUUUUCUCUUUGUUCUUUUGAAGAUUUUACCUGUGAAAUGUAUUUAGGAUACUUAAGCGAAUUGCUUGUUUUGUUGAGUUUUGUUUUAAUGACCAUUAGUACCUCUUUGUAUGGUUUAAACCUUUUAAAGAGUUAAUUUUAAUAUGCAGCAUCGUUAUAAAAUAAAAAGGUUUGAAAUUAAA